ACUGGGAGCGAAGUGACCCGGGACCCUCACCGCGCUCUCUGGAAGACAGUUUCCGGCCUGCUUUCUGUGGUUCCCGCCGCAGCCCCGAGGAGGAAUGCACCUAUUCUCCGCUCUUUUUCACCAUUCCAGUGCAGUGAAGACAUGCUGAGGACUGCUUCCAGAAAUCUAGAAGAACUUUCAGUGAAGGACAUGGAGAAAAUGAAAGAAGUGGGAAAUGAUACAAACCGUGUUUGUAAUUUACCAGAGGAAAGAGAAGCAUUUUCUCAUGGUUAUGAAAAGGAGAACAAACAUCUUACACAUGAGUUUAAAGAGCUCCAACUCAAACAGGAAGCACAAAUAAAGGAGGUUAAAGAAAUGUGGUAUCAAGAAGGCUCUGAACUAGCUCUGAGCAGCCCCAGCGAACAGAUUGCAUACUUACUGGUGGACAGAAGUAAACUCUUGAGUAAACUGGAACUUGGGGACUCAAAGCCUGAGUCACAAAGAUGUAUGAGCGGUAACCUACAGAAAAAAUGUGCCCAGUCUCAUAAUGAAGAUAUAGAAAAAGAUAAAACAUCACAAAACGGCACAGAGAGAGAUGUGGAACAAAUAGCAAAGAGGUUAAGGAUGGUCCAUGAAGAGAUCCAAAGGUUCACUGAUGAACUACAAGGGAAUGAGAAAGAACAGAGUAAAUUAGAUUUUGCACUUGAGAAUGCUCAACUAGAAAUUGAGAAACUGAAAAAAAAUUUGACAAAGCUGAGAGAAAAUGAUUCAAUUGACCUAAAGAAAGCAAAGGAACACAAUCAGAGACUGAAUGAGGAAAUUCUGGCUUUAAGAACUCGGGUUAGAUCACUUGACUCAGAAAGAAAAGUGCUUGGAGAAGUGGUUGAAAGGCUUAAAGGAGAGAUUCGUGAAUCUCAAGAGAAUAAGCAGCUGGGAAACCACUCCCCUGGGAAAACUGUGGGUGCUGAACAGAAAGAACAGAAUGCAUCAUGUAGAGAAAAACUGAAAUACCAGCAGCAAGAGGAAGUACAACAACUUCGCCAGAAUUUGCACCGGCUCCAGGUUCUAUGCAACUCAGCUGAGAAAGAGCUUCGCUAUGAGCGAGGAAAGAACUUGGAUUUAAAGCAACAGAAUAGCUUACUUCAGGAAGAAAGCGUUAAGAUCAAAAUUGAACUAAAGCAGGCCCAGCAGAAGUUAUUAGACAGUGUGAAGUUGUACUCUUCACCCCCAGCAGAGUGGAAGCAAUGUCAGCAGAAAAUCAAGGAACUGGAGCUGGAAGUACUUACACAGGCUCAGAUCAUUAAAUCACAGAACAGCCUGCAAGAAAAGCUGGCUCAGGAGAAAUCUAAAGUUGCUGAUGCAGAGGAAAAGAUUUUGGAUCUGCAGCAGAAAUUAGAACAUGCUCAUAAAGUCUGUCUCACAGAUGCUUGUAUUUUGGGAAAGAAGCAACUAGAGGAAAGGAUAAAAGAAGCCACAGAAAAUGAAGCUAAAAUAAAGCAGCAAUAUCAGGAAGAACAACAGAAGAGGAAACUCCUAGAUCAGAAUAUAAAUGAGCUACAAAAGGAAGUUAAAAUCUUACAGGAUAAAGAGAACGUACUGGAAAGGACCAAUUUUCAGCAACAAUACAGAAUUCAGCAACAAGAGGCCCAACUUAAACAACUGGAAAAUAAUAAAAGAAAAUCUGAUGCGUAUCUCAAGAGCAACCAGGAAUUGUUGAAGAAGGUGUCUGGGUUGCAGCAAGAGAAGAAAGCUCUACAUAAGGAGUGUAGGAGAUUUGUGAAGCAGAUUGAUGUCCAUAUGAGAAACUAUAAUAAAAAAUGUUAUGAUCACAAAACCAAGCUUCACAGAGUCAAGAAUCGCUUCAUUCAUGAAGUAGAGCAACGCGAUGACAGAAUUAAACUACUUGAAAAUGAAAACGGAAUACUGCGGCAAAAAUUAGAAAAGGAGAAGGCAUUCCAGGACCAGAUCCUUGCCCAAAAUAAUAACUUGCUCCUAGAAAAUCGGAAACUUCUGGAGCAACUCACGGAGCAAGAAAAAUUGAUCGAAGACAACAGAUGCACAAUAUCUUCUGUGCAGCACAGAGUAUUUUUCCUGGAUAAAGAAAAUAAGCAGUUACAGGAAAACAGACUCCAGCUCACAGAGCAGGUUGGCCUCUUAAAACGCGUUAUAAGAAGCAUCCAGAUUUUCCGAGGACAGGAAACAAUAUUUAGCAGCACCUCUAAAUAUGAAGUAUUGAAUAAAAUUUUGCCCCUAUCAAACUCCAGGUUAGUAAAGUCAAGACAAUCUUCUAUAUGA